ACUACGAACCCCAGUCAUUAGCGACAUUUUUUAAUGCAACUGGAAAAGCUUACUACUUAAGCAAUUCAUUAUUUCUAAAGCUGAAAAAAGAAAAGUUGAAAUGGCUUCAAGGUUCUUUGUGUUAGGGCUAUUGUUUGGAAUUUGUUCAGUGAUUUUAGCAUCUGACCCAAGUCCACUUCAAGAUUUUUGUGUUGCAGAUUCCACAAGCUCAGUACAUGUGAACGGCAAAGUUUGCAAGGACCCUAAGCUUGUGGAAGCAGAGGACUUCUUUUUCAGUGGGUUGCACAUAGCAGGCAACACAUCAACCCCAUCUGGAAACGUUGGGACUAAGACAACCAUUCCAGGACUCAACACACUUGGUAUUACAGCGACUCGUGGAGAUUUCGCGCCAUUUGGAUUGACCUCUCCUCAUAUUCAUCCUCGCGCAACAGAGAUGGUGCUAGUCCUCGAGGGUUGUCUUGAAGUCGGAUUUGUUACCUCCAACCCUGAGAACCGUCUCAUCACAAAGUUACUUGAAGUUGGUUAUGUCUUCGUCUUCCCACAAGGUCUCGUCCAUUUCCAGCGAAAUGUAAGGGACACUAAUGCUGUUGCGCUUUCAGCUUUUAGCAGCCAAAACUCUGAACUCACUCGUGUUUCAACUGCGUGUUUUGGAUCCACCCCAGCUAUUCCUGUUGAUCUUCUUGCCAAGUCUUUUCAAAUUAACGAACAGACGGCAAGUCAGAUAGGUGGAAUAUGAAGGAGGAAAAAGAGAGAUGUGUUAUGCAAUUUCCAGUUCUAUUGUUACUUUUUAAUCGUUUGUUCAUUUAGGAGUUGUUUGGACUGUCUCUUCUUAUUGCAUUGUAUCUUAAUUGUUACUUUAAACACACUGUUUGUUAGGAUCGUUUCAACUAGUUUUCCCUCGAUGUUUUCCUUCAACCCACUGCCAAAAGGGUGCAGCAGAUGAAAAAUGACAUAAGCAUGAGAAAAAUCAUCAUUUGAUAAUAACAAGACGUAUAUUUUCAUUCCAAGACCGAAAUAUUUGCUCUUUCAUGUCAUCAAUCAAAGGUUUACUGGGAGACUCAGAAUCCUUGUAGUAAUAAACAGAUCAGUGCCUUGUCCCCAAGAAGGUCCGCUCAAAGCACAAAUCA